AAGUCUGCUUUUCAUUUACGGCUUGGGUCACUCAGCGAGGAGGCCCUGGAUGUAACGGUAGAGACAAUCCAGUUUUGAGCUGCAUCCUCCACCAAAGGCAGCUCUCAGCUCUCCUCUGCUCCAGCCCAGGGGGAAGGACUGACACUGGAUGCUUUUUUAAAAAGGGAAAAAAACAGCAUUCAGAAUCCCAAGUCCCUCCCUACUGCUGUGGAGACAAGCACAGAAGGGAGAUAUAGGAAAGUGUAACGAAAUGGAGAGCUGAGUCCAGUGUGCAAAUAAUUCCCUAAAUAAGAUCCUGGAAAUCGUAUUAGAUUUACUCAGGGAUCUAAAAAUUGGUGCUCUGCAAAACAAACCCACCCACUGAAGAAAAUGAGAAAACAUCGACAUUCGUCCUUAGGAGCAAUUAUUUGUCUCUUAUUCUCAGGUUAUUAUAUGGCUGCCGCCCAGCAGCAAAACAAUGGUGCUGCUGACAUAAUAUUUCUAGUGGAUUCCUCUUGGAGCAUUGGAAAGGAACAUUUCCAACUUGUUCGGGAGUUUCUGUAUGAUGUUGUAAAACAAUUAGAUGUGGGUGGAAAUGAUUUUCGGUUUGGCCUGGUCCAGUUCAGCGGAAACCCACAUACAGAGUUCCAGUUAAACACGUACCAUACUUUGCAAGAUGUCCUCUCCCAUAUCUCACACAUGCCUUAUAUGGGGGGAGGAACCAAGACUGGACAAGGAUUAGAGUUCCUAAUUCGGAACCAUCUAACUAAAGUUUCUGGAAGCAGAGUGAGUGAUGGCACUCCCCAGGUUGUUGUAGUGUUAACGGACGGACGGUCACAGGAUGAUGUGACUCUGCCAUCCUCUGUUCUUAAAUCUGCCGAUGUAAACAUGUUUGCCAUUGGAGUGCAGGAUGCAGUGGAAGGGGAGUUAAAGGAAAUAGCAAGUGAACCCCUUGAGAUACACCUGUUCAACCUAGAGAACUUUACUGCUCUCCACGGCAUUGUAGGAGAGUUAGUUGAAAGUAUUCACUCAUCACUGACUCCAGGCAUGGCUGGAGAAAAAGGAGUGGUUAAAGACAUCACAGCACAAGAAUCUGCUGACAUUAUUUUCCUUAUUGAUGGAUCAAACAACAUCGGCCCUGUCAUUUUCGCAACCGUUCGUGAUUUCGUUGCAAAUGUAAUUGAAAGACUCUCAGUUGGAUCUGAGUCCAUACGCGUUGGGGUGGUGACAUAUAGUGAUCAAUCCAGGACUGCUUUCUUCUUGAACAGCCACACCCGAAAAGCCGAUGUUCUCGAGGCAGUGAAGGCCCUUAGCUUUCCCGGGGGCGAGGAGGCUAACAUUGGGGAAGCCCUUGAAUUUGUGGUACAAAACCACUUUAAUCGUUCAGGAGGUAGCAGGAUAGAGGAACACGUCCCCCAGGUCUUAGUACUGAUAAGUUCCAGUGAGUCUAGUGAUGACAUUAGAGAAGGGGUCCUGGCCAUGAAGCAAGCUGGUGUAUUCUCAUUUAGCAUUGGGGUCAAAAAUGCUGACAAUGUAGAGCUUCAGCAAAUUGCUACUGAUGGAAGCUUCGUGUUUACCAUCCUGGACACCCGUAACCUUGGCGACCUUGAAGACCUCUUACUGCCAAAUAUUGUUGGAGUGGCCCAAAGAUUCAUUUUGUUAGAUACCCCAACCGUUUUUACAGAAGUUGUUGAAGUCAAUAGGAAGGACGUAGUCUUCCUGAUAGAUGGCACAACAGCUUUGGGAACUGCCUCCUUUAAUGCAAUCCGUGACUUCAUUGGAAAAAUCAUCAGCAGAUUGGAAAUUGGACCACACGCCAUACAAGUUGCAGUUGCGCAAUAUGGAGAUACUGUGAGACCAGAAAUCUAUUUGAAUACCUACCCAAACAAAAAAGAUAUCUCUACUAAUCUUAGAAAAAUAAGGCCAGCAGGUGGAGCUGUACUUAAUACAGGUGCUGCUCUGAGGACAGUUAAAAACUCCUUCUUCACCAGUUCUGUUGGAAGCAGGAUUGAGGAAGGUGUCCUCCCAGUGUUGGUACUUGUCACUGGUGGUAAGUCCAGAGAUGAUGUUGUCCAACCAGUGCAAGAACUGAAACGAGGAGGGAUAAUGGUCCUUGCUAUUGGAGCCCAAAAUGCAGACCGUGCUGAACUUGAGCAGAUUGCCUUCGAACCAGGCCUGGUUUUCACACCCACUGAAUUCCGCGUACAACCCCUAGCACAGAUUCUUCCCACUGUUUUGGCACACAUAAGGACACUUUCUGGAAGCGUUACAGAAACAACGGAUGUUCUGAUAAACAAAAGGGAUAUCAUCUUUCUUUUGGAUGGAUCAGCCAACGUUGGAAAUGCCAACUUUCCAUAUGUCCGGGACCUUGUUGUGAAUCUAGUUAACUCCCUUGAUGUUGGAAUUGAUGAUAUACGAAUCGGCUUAGUACAAUUUAGUGAGAAUCCCAAAACUGAAUUCUUUUUAAACUCUUUCCUAACAAAGGCAGAAGUACUUAGUCAUCUGAGUGGGCUGAAACUGCUGGGUGGUUCAGUGCUGAAUACUGGCUCUGCACUAGACUUUGUCUUUUCAAAUCACUUCACUAAAGCUGGUGGGAGCAGAAUAGAUGAAAAUGUCCCGCAGGUGUUAGUCUUCCUUACAGCAGGACCAUCGGUCGAUUCAUUCCAAGAGGCGGCCAGAGCCUUAGCGCGGGCAAGAGUGCUGACAUUUUCCAUUGGCGUUAGAAAUGCCGACCCUGCAGAACUUCAGCAAAUUUCCUUUAAUCCACAAAUAGUAUAUUUUAGGAAUGAAUUCCGUUCUCUAGCAAAUUUGCCACAGGAAAUGAUUAGGCCACUGACUACAUAUUAUAGUGGAGAUGUGGAAGAAGUUGUAAUCACAUCAACAGAGAGCAAGAGUGAUAUCUUUUUCUUGUUUGAUGGCUCCUCAAACCUUGCGGGUCAGUUUCCAGCUGUUCGUGAAUUUUUGCUUCGAGUUCUUUCUGACCUCAACCUGGGGCCUGAUGCCACACGUGUGGCUGUGGCACAGUUUAGUGACAACGUUCAGGUUGAAUUCAACUUUCAGGACAUCCCAUCCAAGCAAGAAAUCCUUCAGAGAGUGAAAAAGAUGAGGAUAAAAGGAGGACGGUCACUCAACAUUGGUGCUGCACUUGAAACUGCAAUGAGGGAUGUUUUUGUGAGGCAGGCUGGAAGCAGGAUCGAGGAAGGCGUGCCACAGUUCCUGGUGCUCCUUGCAGCUGGGAGAUCAAGUGAUGAUGUGGAUCAGCCUGCCAAUGCGCUGAAACAAGCUGGUGUUGCUACUUUUGUUAUCAAAUCCAGGACUGCAGAUCCUGUAGAAUUGGAAAGAAUCGUUUUUGCACCUCAAUUCAUUCUAAAUGCUGACUCCCUUUCUCGAAUUGGAGAAAUACAGCCUGAGAUAGUCAACUUGCUGAAAACCAUUGAAAUCAGAGAGUCAGGUGAUGAAAUUCAGAGGAAAGAUGUUGUGUUUCUGAUAGAUGGUUCAGAUGCCACCAGGAGUAGUUUCCCAGAGCUGAAGUCCUUUGUGCAAAGAGUGGUUGAUAGUUUGGAUGUUGGUCCUGGCAAAGUCCGCGUCGCUGUGGUUCAAUACAGUAAUGAUGCCAACACAGAGUUCAAUCUGAAUGAGUACUCAGACAAAGCAAGUGUGAUUACGGCUGUCCAGAGAAUGACUGCUAUGGGAGGCUAUGCCGUUAACACAGGGGCUGCCCUUAACUACCUGAUUGGCAAUGUAUUCACAAGAGAGGCUGGAAGCAGAGUGCAGGAAGGUGUGCCACAAUUUGUGAUCUUGCUGACUGCAGAAAGGUCGAGGGACGAUGUCAGAAGACCAGCCUUGGAACUGAAGACAAGAGGUGCAGUGCCUUUGGGCAUUGGAUUUGGAAAUGCAGAUAUCACUCAGUUGCAGACAAUUUCCUUUGUUCCUGAAUUUGCAGUCUUUGUUUCUGGUGUUAGUGAACUGGGCCGCAUUCAGCAGCUCAUAGCAGAAAGAGUGACUCGACUGACAAAGGCAGAAAUAGAGGCUUUGACUCCAGAAAUAACUGUUCCACUUCCUCGCCCAGGAGAUGGAAAGAAAGAUGUUGUAUUCCUUAUUGAUGAUUCCCAAUAUGCUGUUCCUGAAUUCAAUUCUGUCCGUGAGUUUAUUGAGAGACUUGUUAGCAAUUUGAAUGUGGGCUCUGAUAAUACUCGAAUAGCUGUAAUUCAGUUCAGUGAAGACCCCAGGGUUGCAUUUCUGCUAAAUGCACAUUCCACCAAGGAAGAAGUACAAGAUGCAGUGAGAAGGCUAAAACCCAAAGGAGGGAGACAAGUGAACCUUGGUUCUGCCCUUGAAUAUGUGUCAAAGAAUAUAUUUACAAGGCCCUCAGGAAGUCGCAUAGAAGAAGGUGCACCUCAAUUUUUAAUCCUCCUCUUUUCCCACCCAUCUGAUGAUGAUGUGGAAGACCCAGCAAUUCAAGUCAAACAAGUUGGUGUGGCACCAUUGACUAUUGCAAAGAAUGUGGAUCGAGAACUAAUGCAGACAAUAGCCCUUAGUCCUCAGUAUGUGUUCCAGGUGUCAACCUACCAGGAUCUUCCUACUCUGGAACAACAAUUGAUAAGCCCUGUUACAACGCUAACAACACAGCAGAUACAAGGACUCAUUGCUGAUACCAGUAGCCCGACAGAUAUUGACAGUGAAGCAAAGGACAUUGUCUUCCUUAUUGACAGUUCUGACAACGUUGGGGCAGAUUUUGCUCACAUUCGAGAUUUUAUCAUCCGAAUUAUCCAGCAGUUAGAUGUUAGAUCAAGGAAAGUGAGAAUUGGUGUGGUUCAAUUCAGCAAUAAUGUAUUCCCUGAGUUCUUCUUAAAAACCCAUCCAACCAAGAAUGCUGUGCUACAAGCCAUACGCCGCAUGCGGCCCAGAGGAGGCACUCCCCUGAAUGUUGGGAAAGCUCUGGAUUAUGUUGUGAAGAAUCACUUCAUCAAAUCUGCAGGAAGCAGGCGAGAAGAUGGAGUCCCACAGCAUUUAGUUCUGUUGCUUGGAGGGAGAUCCCAGGAUGAUGUCGGAAGACCUUCCAAUGUGAUCCUAUCAUCAGGGAUAAAGAGCCUGGGUGUGGGAGCAAAGAACGCAGAUAGUGCAGAACUGCAAAGAAUUACUAAUGACCAGAGAACGGCAUUCAUUGUGAGAGAAUUUGCUGAGCUCCCAACAAUAGAGAAAAGGUUCUUUGCAUCAUUUGAGGCACCUCAAGAACCACCGUUGGAAGAAACUGAAAUCCCUCUCGACAGUAAAAAGCAAGCCGACAUUGUUUUUUUGCUGGAUAGUUCCAUCAACUUUGGAAGAGAUAAUUUCCAGGAAGUUGUUGAUUUUGUAUAUGGUAUUAUUGAUGCUAUCUAUGAAGAAGGUGACUCCAUUAAAGUUGGCUUAGUGCAGUAUAACUCGGAUGUGAGUGAUGAAUUCUUCUUGAAGGACUUCACUGACAAGGAACAGAUCUUAGAAGCAGUGAAAAGAAUAGCAUAUAAAGGAGGCCGAACGGCCAAUACUGGCACAGCCAUCAAACACAUCAAAGCGAAACACUUCGUAAAGGAGGCUGGCAGCAGAGUCGAUCAGAAGGUACCUCAGAUUGCCUUUAUUAUAACAGGAGGCAGGCCAGAGGAUGAUGGGCAGACAGCUGCCUUGGCCUUGGCACAACAAGGUGUCAAGGUGUUUGCAGUUGGUGUGAGGAACAUUGACCUGGGCGACAUUGCAAAACUCUCCAGUGAUAGCACCACAGGUUUUCGGGCAGCAACAGCCCAGGAACUCUCGGAGUUGAAUGAGGCUGUCUUGGUUACCUUGAAUGAUGUCAUGAAAGAGCAGCUGUGCGUUGGUGUGGGAGAAGUCUCAAGAGAUUGUAAUCUGGAUGUUAUAAUUGGAUUUGAUGUCUCAGAUGUUGGGCCAGGGCAAAGUAUAUUCAAUGUGCAGAGAGUGCUGGAAUCAAAUGUUGAAGAUAUAUUGAACAGAAUUACUCGAAUGCAGAAAAUCAGCUGCACUCGCAACCAGGCACCAACUGUGCGCGUGGCUCUCCUGGCGCAGACUCCUUCUGGAGUAGUGGAAGCGUUUGACUUUUCUGAGUAUCAGCCAGAGUUGUUUGAAAAAUUCCGAGCCUUGAGCAAUCGUGGCCCAUUUGUCUUAACAGCAGAAACUCUCAGGUCUUAUCAGAAUAAAUUCAGAGCAUCUUCUGCAGGAAGUGUCAAGGUCGUAAUUCACUUAACUGAUGGCCUUGAUGGCCCUAGGGGGCAACUAGCUGCAGCAUCUGCUGAUCUGAAGAAAGAAGGUGUCAAGGCUCUCAUCCUUGUUGGGUUGGAGCGAGUGCCAAAUUUUGAAGAGGUGAUGCAACUGGAAUUUGGACGUGGCUUUACUUACAACCGUCCUCUCCAAGUGAAUUUGCUGGAUUUAGACUUUGACCUGGCAGAGCAACUGGACAGUAUUGCAGAAAGGGCAUGCUGUGGGGUCCCAUGCAAAUGCUCUGGACAGAGGGGAGACAGAGGAUUGCCAGGUUUAUUUGGACCAAAGGGACUUUCAGGAGAGAAUGGUUACAGAGGCUAUCCAGGAGAUGAAGGAGGACCAGGUGAACGUGGACCAGCAGGAAUAAAUGGAACUCAGGGAUUCCAAGGCUGUCCUGGUGAAAGAGGAACUAAGGGAAGUCGUGGAUUCCCAGGAGAAAAGGGUGCUUUAGGGGAAAUAGGCCUUGAUGGAAUAGACGGGGAAGAGGGAGACCGAGGCCUUCCAGGUUCUUCUGGAGAGAGGGGAAGCUCGGGCAGACGUGGUGUCAAAGGACCCAAAGGAGAGAGGGGAGAGAGAGGUGACCGUGGAUUGCGAGGAGAUGUGGGUGUCGCAGGGAUUGAUGGCACUCAAAGAGGACCCAGAGGCUCAAAAGGCGAACCUGGGCCAACGGGUGAACCUGGAGGAGAUGGACCUGCAGGUGCCCCAGGAGGACCUGGAAGGAAUGGAGGAUUUGGCAGAAGAGGACCUCCAGGAAGCAAAGGAAACAAAGGAGCAGCUGGUCUCCCAGGAGCAGUAGGAGAACAGGGUAUCAGAGGUCCACAGGGAUCACCAGGACCAAAUGGAACUCCGGGUCUUCGAGGAGAGCAAGGCAUCCCUGGUCCAAGGGGUGAUGGAGGUCCACUUGGACCUGCUGGAGAGCGUGGCAGAUCUGGUCCACUUGGCAAAAAGGGUGAACCUGGUGAACCUGGUCCAGGAGGGCCUGUUGGUCCUCCAGGGCCCCGAGGAUUGACGGGGGAUGAUGGACGUGAUGGAGUCGGCAGAGCUGGAGCUAAAGGCAGCAGGGGAGAACCUGGCUUCCCGGGAUAUCCAGGACCAAGGGGAACACCUGGAGAUCGUGGUGGUCCUGGUGAUGUUGGGCCAAAAGGAAGCAGAGGUCAAAGGGGACGGGCAGGAGAGCCCGGCUCCAUAGGCCAAAAAGGAGAGCGAGGAUAUCCUGGGGCAUCUGGACUGAAGGGUAACAAAGGAGAAUCAAGAGAUCAAUGUGCACUUGUACGUAACAUCAAAGAUAAAUGCCCUUGCUGUUAUGGUCCAAGAGAAUGCCCCAUUUUCCCAACAGAACUGGCCUUUGCACUAGAUACCUCAGCUGGUGGAAGUACAGAAGCUUUCAACAGAAUGAAGCAGUCAGUGUUGUCCAUUGUUAAUAAUCUCACGAUUGCUGAGAGCAACUGCCCACGUGGCGCCCGGGUUGCACUGGUUACCUAUAAUAGUGAAGUCACCACUGAGAUCCGCUUUGCUGACUCACGGAGAAAGAAAAAUCUAGUGAAACAGAUCCAGGACCUCCAAAUUGCACAAACAUCAAAACAGCGGAGUUUAGAAACAGCGAUGUCCUUUGUGGCCAGGAAUACCUUCAAGCGGGCACGCAGUGGGUUCCUCAUGAGGAAGGUGGCCGUUUUUUUCAGCAAUGGACCAACAAGAGCAUCUCCGCAACUUAAUGAAGCUAUGAUGAAGCUCUACGAUGCUGGAGUUGUACCUGUGUUCCUUACCAGCAGAGAGGACAGGGCCCUUAUAAAUGCAUUGCAGAUUAACAACACAGGUGGACAGGCUAUCACAUUUUCUGGGGGAGCAGAUCAACUACGCCAAACUAUUGGAAGACUAAUAACAUGCCAUAUUUGUCUAGAUGUGUGUGACCCUGAUGCCAGCUGCGGUGCUCAAAGGGGUGUCUUUGGUAGAGACAGACGGGCAGCCCCUACAGAUGUUGACAUCGAUAUAGCAUUCAUCCUUGAUAGUUCAGACAGCACCACUCACCUGCAGUUUAGUGAGAUGAAGAACUACAUUUCCUAUGUAGUAAGUCAGCUGGAAACUAGUUCUAAUCCCAGUGCAUCCCAGCACCAUGCCAGAGUCGCUGUUGUCCAACAUGCUCCUUACGAGUUUGAGUCAAAUUCAAGUACAUCUCCUGUUAAAGUUGAGUUGUCACUGACAGACUAUGCAUCCAAAGACAAGCUAAUAGAUUUUGUUAAGGACCAGAUGACACAGCUGCAUGGCACGCGGGCACUAACAAGUGCAAUAAAAUAUACAAUGACUCAUAUCUUUGAGAGUGCACCAAAUCCCAGAGACUUCAAAGUCAUUGUCUUGAUGAUGACAGGAAGUGUUGAAAAAGAAGAACUUGAACACCUUCAUAAAGUUAUUGUAGAAGCUAAAUGCAAAGGAUACUUUUUGGUCAUACUGGGGAUUGGAAGAAAAGUUAACAUCAAGAAUAUCUACAGUUUGGCAAGUGAGCCAAAUGACAUCUUCUUCAAAUACAUUGAUAAGCCAUCAGAACUUCAUGAAGAGCCUUUGCUACGCUUUGGAAACCUCUUGCCAGCUUUUAUCAGCAGUGAGAAUGCUUUUUACCUGUCUCCAGAUGUCAGGAAACAAUGUGAUUGGUUCCAGAAUGAUCAACCAGUGAAAAAAAUUGCCCAGAAAGAAAUACAUAUUCCAAAUAAUGCCACUGCUACACCUACAGCAACUGAAAAACCAAAAGUGACAAUGAUUAUGCACACCGGAGAAAUCCAGAUUACAGAUAUCACAGAAAACAGCGCUAAACUGCAUUGGGCAAACCCUGAAUCCCAAAAUGAUUAUGUCUAUGACAUUUCAAUUACAUCUGCUCAUGACAACUCUUUAGUUCUAAAACUAAAUCUAACUGGCACUGAACGGGUCAUUGGAGGUCUGGGAAGUGGGCAGAAGUAUCAUGUCAUUGUUACAGGUUACCACAAUGCACAUGUUAAAGCUACCUACAAGGGGACAUUUAUUACAAAGAGUAUGGCCUUGCCUAAGAUGCCUUCAGCAGCAACUGCCAAUUUAAUGAUGAACUCUGAACCAUUAGAAGGACCUAACACAGAUCCUUGCUUGCUGGACCUUGACAUGGGCACGCAGUGCAAGGAGUAUCAGGUUAAGUGGUUCUUUGACUACAAAAACAAGAUCUGCACCAAAGUUUGGUAUGGUGGGUGUGGCGGUAAUGCCAAUAGAUUUGAGACAGAAGCUGACUGCAUUAGCAGAUGCUUGAAGCCAUCAGAUGAGGAAGUCAUGCAGCUGCCUGUCCUUGAGCAAAGUCACUUGUCAGGACACAAAGUACCCAAGAAGAAGUUACCCAGGAAGAAAUUGCCCAGAAGGAAAUUGAAAAGGAGAGCAAGAAAAGCCAAAGAUAUUUGUAACUUGAGCAAAGAAGCAGGGCCCUGUAGAGAUUUUAUCCUGAAAUGGUUUUUUGACACGACGACCAAAAGUUGUGCUAGAUUCUGGUAUGGUGGCUGUGGUGGAAAUGAAAACAGAUUUAACACACAGAAAGAAUGUGAACAACUCUGCUUUGCAGGAAGUCCUGGCAUCAUCAUAACAAUGGGAACUUAAACCACCAGCACAAUAUCAACACAUACCUCUAAGAGAACCAGGGGUCAGCCAUUGCCGUCAUGCCCCACGUAGAAGCCAAGGGUAUGGGCAACCUUGCACUGUGCUGCUUCUGCUUUACAUUCUAAGCAAACCUUGAAGAAAGAGUUUUGCUGCACGACUAUCAAUAUGGUGCUAAACUGUUUGUGGACUAAAUGCUAAAUGUGUCUGGGAUAUACUCUAUACUUUCAACAUUAUGUAAUAUUUACCCACCACAGAUCUUAUUUGUUUGAGAAAAAAAACAAUUUUCUUUGGAUUCCGAUUCCGGCAUCAUGCUUAUUUGGGGUAAUGUAAAGAUUUUAAAAAAUGGGAAAAAUGUCACCUUAACUGUUAUGUACUUGCUUUUAUUGUUUUCAUAACUGAGCAUAACUUUAGAUGGAAAGCCUUUAGUUAAAAUGAGUAGUCAGUUCUGAAAUGCAAACAGUCCAACUUUUCAUUCUGCUUUUACUCUUACCGGAUUAGAUUUUGUACUAAUUUUUUUAUGCAUAUGUGAUCAAACCAACCUGAAAAUAAUGAAACAUUUCUGAAUAUAAAUGCACUGCUGGGAGCAACAACAGAGUUUAAAAACAAAGACAUGGUGUAGAAUGUUUUCGGCAAUCCUCUACCGUUGUGUGUUUUAUAAUUUAAAAAAAAUGGGCAGGGGUCGGAAUUCUAUUUUUAUUGUGAUUUCUGUUUCUAGGAAAUCUAUACAAAAAGACUUUAAAUAAAGUUUAAUUCUGGUUUAAAAAAAA